AUGGUCAACAUUAGCGAAGUCAAGGGCAAUGCGCGCGAAAACAGGACCGCGGCACAUACUCACAUCAAGGGCCUGGGUCUGAGACCAGACGGCACUGCAGAGCCGUCGGGCCAUGGUUUCGUCGGUCAGGCCGCGGCUCGCGAGGCCUGCGGAGUGGUCGUGGACCUGAUCAAGGCGAAGAAGAUGUCCGGAAGAGCAGUGCUGUUGGCCGGCGGACCUGGUACGGGCAAGACAGCCCUGGCCCUAGCAGUCUCACAAGAGCUGGGGACGAAAGUACCCUUCUGUCCCAUCGUGGGCAGUGAGGUCUACUCAACAGAAGUCAAGAAAACAGAGGCAUUGAUGGAGAAUUUCAGAAGAGCCAUCGGCUUGCGAGUGCGCGAGACCAAAGAAGUAUACGAGGGCGAGGUGACCGAACUCCUCCCCGAAGAAGCAGAAAAUCCGCUGGGUGGCUUUGGCCGCACCAUUUCCCACCUUGUCAUCACCCUCAAAUCCGCCAAAGGCACCAAGAAACUACGUCUAGACCCCAGCAUAUACGAAGCCAUCCAGCGAGAGCGAGUCACGGUAGGCGACGUCAUCUAUAUCGAAGCCAACACCGGCGCGUGCAAGCGAGUUGGCCGAUCAGACGCCUACGCGACCGAAUUCGAUCUCGAGGCCGAAGAAUAUGUGCCCGUCCCCAAGGGCGAGGUCCACAAGAAGAAAGAGGUGGUGCAAGACGUGACUCUGCAUGAUUUGGACAUGGCCAAUGCGCGACCUCAGGGUGGCCAGGAUGUUAUGAGCAUGAUGGGCCAACUGAUGAAGCCGAAGAAGACUGAGAUCACAGACAAGCUCCGCGCCGAGAUCAACAAGGUGGUCAGUCGGUACAUUGACCAGGGCGUGGCCGAGUUGGUACCCGGUGUCCUGUUCAUUGACGAGGUGCACAUGCUCGACAUCGAAUGUUUCACAUACCUCAACCGCGCUCUCGAAUCUCCAAUCGCCCCAAUUGUCAUUCUUGCCUCGAAUCGGGGCAACACCGUCAUUCGUGGUACACAAGACAUAACGGGCGCUCACGGUAUCCCUCCGGACUUGCUUGCGCGUCUUCUGAUCAUCCCAACCCAUCCGUACAAUGCCCAAGAAGUUCAGACCAUCAUCCGACUACGCUCAAAGACAGAGGGUCUUUCAAUAUCAGAGCCGGCACUGGAAAGGGUAGCACGACACGGCACGAAUGUCAGCUUGCGGUAUGCUCUGCAGCUGUUAACACCGAGCAGUAUCCUAGCGAAGGUCAAUGGGCGAUCGGAGAUCUCCCCAGACGACGUCGCAGAAUGUGAAGACCUCUUCAUCGACGCGAGGAGGAGCGCGAAGGUCGUAGAGCAGGCAGGUGGAUUGUUUAUCAGCUGA